AUGUCUGCCUCCACCAGUCGUCGAGUUCAAGUACCUGGUGCAACGGUAAUCUCUUAUUACGUCGAUGCUGAUGGUCAAUUCGGAAAUAUCAAGGUCGGAUAUGACGUGGCCAGAUUCGAUGAAGCUGUUCGAGAAUAUCUUGUCGUGAAUGAAUUUCGUACCAAGAAAGUUACAACUACCACCCCAGGAGCUGAGCUGGAAGAGAAGAUGGAUUCGCUAACGACUGAGAAUGCACCCAAUGGCUCGAAUGGCGUUAGCAAUGAACCAAUACAAAUCAAGAAAGAAGACACUCAAUUGAUUUGUUCUCAACUCGAAGUAACCCCCAAAGUAGCCGAACGGGCCUUGAAAGCUUCGCAUGGAAAUUUGGCCGAAGCUCUUCUAUACUUGAUUCGCAAAUAA